UCGUUUUUUUUUUAUUGUAUUUUAUUUCUACUCAUUAUUAUUAUUAUUAUUAAGUCUUGAAGUCUUUUACGGUUAUACCUAUCAUAGAAUAUAUAUUAAAUUCUUUCCCGUGUACAUUCAGAAAACUAAAAAUGAGCAAAACUAUAGUUUAUGACACUUUGUCCAUUCCUGAUCCAUCAUUUAUUGAUGAUGAAGUUAGGAUGUUUGGUUCAUGGUUUGGAAUGAGUAAUAUUUGUAUAUUUCCAACCAAAAUGUCUGGACCAUCCGGCAAUCAAAAUUCAUCUGGCGAUGAUAAAACUGAAAGGAACAUUAUACACCUGAAACAUAAAACAAUGCUAUUUGAUCCUAAAGUAAGACAGCUGGUAAAUGAGUCAAGUGGAGUGUUCCAAGAUUUACAAAUCAACGUGAAUGACCCAACCAAGCCAACUGAUGCUUUGUACUAUAGUAGAAAAUACAGGGCAAUCUUGUCAACUUGUAUCUUAGCAAUUGAUCGAAACAACUUGGACAAAUCAAAUGAGACAUACAAUCAAUACAAAAUGUUGCUGCACAAUCUUCAACUCAUUUGGCAUCUGUGUGAAGUGCUUUACCUUGUGAUUGUUCCUGGGGAUACUAUUUUGAACAAUCUCUUAGAUUGGAUUAAGAUUCAUUAUGAAAAUGCUGAAAACCAAGCAUCAGUGAUUAUAGAAAAUACAAUUACUUACUUAACUGAUGAACGCGUAGAAGAAAAGUUUACUUUUUAUUGGGAUACUGUUAUUGGAGUAGUUUUACAAGGAAACAUUGACUUGGCCAGAAAGUUAUUGUCCAACCACUCUCAAAGUGACACUGAACCAUUUAUUCAUGCAAUAAAAAUAUUUAAAUCUAUGCCUACCUAUAGUGUAUACGGUGGUCUGCCAAUAGCAGAAUAUACAUCAAGAUUCAAGGGCUGGCAAUCAAGUGCAAAAUCCAAAUUAGAAUGUGGUAUAUUCUUAUCCGAUUCAAAUCUCAACGAUGUUAUGAAGAUUAUCUGCGGAGACCCAGAUUCUAUAAGUUUGAUCCGCAGUCACUGUUCAACRUGGUUUCAAUUUCUAGUUGCUCAACUUAUAUAUACAGAUCCAACUGUAAAAAAACAUAGUUUAAGUUUAUAUGCUCAUCGUAGCGUUGCUAAAUAUUACAAAGAAUCAGAGUAUAACCAUUUGGAUACACUUGCUUUAGAUUUGUUUGACGGAGAUCUAGAAGGGGUAUGA